AUGGAUCUUCGAAUUCCAGACGAAAGGGGUGAAGGUACGGAUGCGGAUCAAAGACGCCGUGUGAAAUUCUGGAAAGACAAUCGUGAGAAAGUACAAAAGAAAAGGGGAUCAGUUUUGAAAUGGGAGACAGUGGAAGAAGAAAUGGAUGAAGUCAUUCUUAAGAAUUAUUCAGAUAAUUCUGAUAACAUCUCGCUUGCUGAAACUGCUGAGCCACCAUCGGAUUUGAUCUUGCCGCUUUUGAGGUACCAAAAGGAGUGGUUGGCUUGGUCAAUAAAGCAAGAAGAAUCUACAUUCAAGGGGGGUAUUCUUGCUGAUGAAAUGGGAAUGGGGAAGACGCUUCAAGCCAUAGCACUUGUGCUUGCUCAACGCGAUUUAAAGAAAGCAACUAAUGGUUCCAGUAUAUUGUUGUCUUCACCUGGUACUUCCCAGGAACUCCCAACAGUAAAAGGAACUCUUUUUGUAUGUCCUUUGACAGGAGCAUCUCAAUGGCUUCGAGAGAUUGAACGUUGCACAACUAAAGAAAGCAACAAAACUCUUCUUUAUCAUGGCACAAACAGGGGAAAAUUUACAUCCAACCUGGAGGAGUAUGAUUUUGUCAUUACAACUUACUCCACUAUCCUGGCUGACUAUAUGCUCAUCAUGUCAAAGCAGAAGAGCAACAACUCAAAAUUGUGUGACGAUGGUUCUAUUGAUAAUUCGGUCAGUGUUGGUGAAGAUGUGUCCAGAAGGAAGUCAAUUCUGCAUUCAGUGAAGUGGGAUCGUAUCAUUUUGGAUGAGGCUCAUCAUGUCAAAUCUAUAAGCACCACCACCACAAAAGCGGUUCUUGCUUUAGAAUCUUUUUAUAAGUGGGCCUUAACUGGUACACCCCUGCAAAACCACAUUGGAGAAUUGCACGUACUUGUCCGUUUCUUACAAGUUACUCCUUAUGCUUAUUACUUUUGCCAAAAUUGUAAUUGCAGCGGACUUGAUUUAAGCUCCUCUGAUAAAUGCCCACAGUGCCAUCCCCAGACUUGCCGACGUGCACGCCACUUCCUCUGGUGGAAUAAAUAUAUUAAAAAACCAUUAAGGAUGAUGGGACACGAGAAUGAAGGUGGAGAUGCUAUGGUUUUGUUGAAGCACAAAAUUCUGAAAAGCAUAAUGCUAAGACGUACCAAAAAGGAAAGAGUUGCUGAUCUUUCACUUCCCACAAAGAUUGUUAUAAUAAGAAAAGAUUCUUUGGAUGUGGAUGAAUUCAACUACUACAAGUCAUUGCACAAUAGAAGCCGAGAACUGAUCGAGAGAUAUGUAGAGGCUGGAACUCUGAUGAAUAACUAUGGUCACAUUUUUGCUAUGAUCACGCGCCUACGGCAGGCAGUUGAUCAUCGUUACCUUGUAAUGUACUCUAGAAAAGAAUUGGUUAGUGGAAAUAAAGAGGUUGAAGAUGUUGAAAAAUUAUGUGACCUAUGUCAUGAUGCAGUGGAAGAUCCAGUAGUUACUUCCUGCAGUCACGUGUUUUGCAAGGCAUGUUUGAUAGAUGUAGCUGACAGUGUGGAGAAAAUAGCAUGCCCUUCAUGUACCAAACCCCUCAAAUUUGACUUCACUGCAAAUAAUGAUAAGGGGGAUUCUAAUUCUAAACCUACUGUCAAAGAGUUUAGGUCCUCAAGUAUAUUGAACAGAAUUCAGCUUGAUAAAUUUCAAACGAGCACUAAAAUAGAUGCUUUGAGGGAAGAAAUUAGGUUCAUGGUUGAAAGGGACGGUUCUGCAAAAGGAAUAGUUUUUAGCCAGUUCACUUCGUUUUUAGAUCUGAUACAGUAUUCUCUUAAUCUGUCGGGCAUCAAUUGUGUUCAAUUAGUUGGAUCGAUGUCUAUUGCCGCAAGAGAUGCUGCAAUAAACAAAUUCACUGAGGAUUCAGAUUGCAGGAUAUUACUUAUGAGUUUAAAAGCUGGAGCUGUUGCUCUCAAUCUUACAGUUGCAUCAAAUGUUUUCUUAAUGGAUCCUUGGUGGAAUCCUGCGGUGGAGCAGCAAGCCCAAGAUAGAAUCCAUCGAAUAGGGCAAUAUAAACCUGUCUGGAUUGUGAGAUUUGUGAUAGAGAAUACAAUUGAAGAGAACGUCAUAGAGUUGCAAGAAAAGAAGAAAUUUCUUUUUGAAGGGACAGUCGGUGGUUCUUCAGAGGCCUUAGGAAAACUAACAAUGGAGGACUUGUCAAAGCUGCUCGGGACUGUACCUCAAUUCAAGACUCGCCUUCUAGCCCGGCCCGAGACCCCAUCUGACCUCCAGAAUGAUUUUCCGGCCUUAAACCAUGAUUUGACUCUUGUGUCAACAUCCACAGGUUCAUUGCAGGCUUAUUGUGAUGCAGACUACGGUCUUGUGUUACACCAGGAAGUCCAUCACUGGUUACCAAUCUCAUGGAAGUCCAAAAAACAGUACACUAUUUCUAGGAGUUCAGCUGAGGCUGAGUAUAUGAGUCUUUCCUCAACGGCCUCUGUUAUGGUAGAUCCGACAGUGGCUUCUCUUGAACACUCUCAUCCUAUCUACCUUCAUGCAUCAGAUACACCAGAUGGAACUUGUCUAAAGAGUUCGUAUAAAAAAGGGGAAUUGGCAGCUCAAUGGGAAAGAUGUAAUGUUGUGGUGCUCUCAUGGAUCAGUAGCAAUGUUGCUCAGGAAUUACUCACUACAAUUGUGUAUGCCUCAAAUGCCAACCGUGUAUGGGACGACUUCAAGAAGAGAAGUGACACCUUCCUUAAAGUGAUUGUUCCUAUUGUUACUCAGGCGUAUGCCACUGUAAAAUACAGAAAGAAAAUUUCAAAAGCAAGAGGAAGCAGGGACAAGGAUAGCAAUACUGGAUUCAAAGGUUAUGGUGACUCUCAAAGUAAUAACAAUGGUGACGGUCAUAGGUUCAACAAUUUCACCCACAAUCAGCAUGCUGAUUCAGGAUUCAAAUCCUAUGCAAACCAAGUUGGUGUUGAUAGACAGGAUUUUGCACUCACUCUCACUGAGAAGGAAUACAAUGAUGUGAGGGAUCUCAGACACAACAAUACCAGUUGUGCAUAUGUUGGUGAUAACAGUGAUUGCAAAGUAAAUCUGGCAGGUAAUGUGUCUUUAUCAUCUGAUGCUUGUGAUCAUCGUUGGAUAAUUGAUUUAGGUGCCACUAAUUACAUUACAUCUUCUCAACAAAUUCUAGCUGAGUUCAGUAGUCUAAGUGAUCAGAGGUCCAAUACUGUACAACUUCCAACAGGAAAUGGAGCUCAUAUUGUAAAAACUGGGCAUUAUGUUAUUAUGGGUUGUUAUAAGGGGCACUGUAUAAAGGCUGCAUUCCACUUGAUAAACAAGACACCUACAGUAGUAUUGCAAAAUGCUCUAUGGUUCUGA